AUGGCGGCCACUGUACUGGGAAAGAGGACUCGCGGAGCACCUGAAGUAGAUGCUCACCAAACUCGGUCGAAACGUCGCAUCGUAUUGAACGAACCGAAUGACGAGAAUGACAAUCCCUUCGCACGAAAGAAGUCGACGGAUGACGAAAGCCGGACAAGAAAGCCAGCGCGUCUUUCCACCCGCCCUGCGAAGCAUGGCCCUCCAGAAACGCGCGUCGCGACUUCUUCCUCCAAGUCGCCGUCCCCUCGCAAAAGUGCAAACCCCUCGGUCGCAGUGUACGAAGAUGGCAAGGACAAUGAGGAGAAAACCACAACGCCGAAAACGCCCCGACAUCGCGACGCUCUCUCCAAGAAAAUCGCCAUCACCCCGCGCCACCGCGCUCACCUCAAUGGAGCUCAGUUGACUCCUCGAUCUCCUCAAACCCCUUCCAAUGUCGCCACAUCGAUCUACAACCACGCACGCCAACUCUUCUCGCGGUGUACCGCCCCAGGAAAGCUUGUCGGACGAGAUGAAGAGCGCUCCGAGCUGAUAUCGUUCGUACACGCUUGUCUCGAGUCCCAAGCGGCGGGAUGCCUGUACGUGUCGGGACCGCCAGGGACUGGCAAAAGCGCACUUGUGCAAGAGUCGUUGCAGCAGUAUGAAGACAACAAAAGCGUGAAACAGUCCAGCAUCAAUUGCAUGAGCGUCAAAAGCGCAACACAUUUGUGUACCAAAUUGUCGGAGGAUCUAGAGCUGGGAACCGGUGUUACACUCGCCCAUCUACGUGCGGCUCUGACGAAAGGAAAAGGACAAGGCGAUCACAAAUAUGUCGUUGUUCUGGACGAAGUCGAUCGGCUCGUGGAUCUCGACGUCGAGCUGAUGUACAACUUGUUCGACUGGUCUAUGCAGCCUGCAUCUCGCCUGAUCCUUAUCGGCAUCGCCAAUGCCCUGGAUCUGACAGACCGCUUGCUGCCACGCCUGAAGGGACGCAACUUGAAGCCCGCACUGCUUCCAUUCAUGCCCUACUCGGCCCGACAAAUUGCCGAAGUCAUCACUACAAAGCUGAAGAGUCUCUGCAAUGCUGAAACUGCAAGCAUUCCAUUCUUCCAGCCAGCCGCGAUUCAAUUCUGCGCAAAGAAGAUUGGCUCCCAGACAGGCGAUCUGCGCAAAGCGUUCGACAUCUGUCGCCGUGCGAUCGAUCUCGUGGAGCAGGAGACGCGAGAAAAAGACAUGAAGUUCAACAGCCCAUCGAAAACGCCGCUCAUGGAGAACGUCAACCUUUCCUCUCCGCCAACCCCGAAAUCCCCAGACCAAAAGCCUACCAAUCCAACAUACACGCUCGAGUCGGCUCCCAAGGCAACCAUCGCUCAUGUCGCCCGCAUCACGGCCCAGGUAUUCGGCAAUGGCUCCGUUCAACGCCUGGCUACGCUGAACAUCCAACAAAAAGCCGUUCUCGUGGCAUUGUUAGUUCUCGAGAAGCGCAACAUCGACCGACAGCUGGAGCGAACGAUGUUCGCCACUCCCUCGAAGAAGACCUCCUCCGCACCCUCCAGCAAGCAGCUAUUCGAAGCCUACAGCCAAAUGUGUAAUCGCGACCAUCUAUUGCACGCGCUGACGGCGACCGAGUUCGGGGACGUGGUGUCUGGACUGGAGGCCUUGAAUCUGAUCACCGUCGCUGAUGCCGGCAAACUCAGUGCCACCAGGAUGCCUCCAACGCCCUCUCGCACUCCGCGGAAGUUCCCAAAGAACGGAUUUGGCGGUGCAGGCAACGAGCCCAAGCGGUUUGCGAGUGCCGUGGGGGAGAAGGAGCUCUCCGCUUCGCUCGAGGGACCUGGGGGUGAAUUGAUCAAUCAGAUUCUGCGCGGGGAUGGCUCGGCGCUGGUCUCUGCAGCGUAA